GCAUUUCCGUGCGGUACUUCAGUGUCGAAGAAGCCCCAAGCCCGCACCGAACAGCGCUCAGAACAGUGUCGAUUGAACAGGUGGUUGUUCAGUAAGAUCCAACCAGUGUGUGUAGAGUGUGACUGUGUUUGGUUUUUGGAGUUGAUUUGUUGGGAAGGCAGAGCAGAAAUUUCCGUUUCCAACUGCUCCACAAAAAAGUGACGGCAUAAUAAUAGUACGAAGAGUACAACUUUGUUUUAAUUAGUAUCCUUAUUUUUGGCUAAUUUUCAAAACGAUACAAAGUUUGUGGUAAACUAAAACAAAGCAAACGAAUCUCGAAACGAUCGUUUGUCAGAUCAUUCGCAGAGCAGCUACGGCACGGGAGUACCAGGCAAAGGAAGGGAUUAGCAUGACCUGGCGAACGAUGAAACCGUUGGCCCGCGAGCAAUCGUCAGCGUUCUGCAUCAGCACCACCGGUCUCGGCCUGAUCCUGUUCGGGGCGCUCGUCCUAGCGGUGGUAACCGAUGCUGAUCCGAUGGUGGAUAGUGCCAACAGCUUGUACGCCGAUAACAAACAUGCAAGCGAUAAGCGUCCGUUCUUCGUUGGGAGCCGGUACGGACGAUCGCACGUGUACGGUGCGAAGGAUUUGCGGCAGGUGAACGUGGUACCGCGGAAUGAUCGUUUCUUCCUCGGCUCACGGUACGGCAAACGGUCCGACCUGACGAAGGAAAUCGAAUCCGACAGCAAUAAUGGUAUCGCCGAGCUGACCUAUCUUGCCUGUCUGCACACGGGCGUUUCGAACCUUUACCGAUGCUACAGUCGCGAUUCGUCCUCCGGUGCUCUACACCAGCAGGAAACGGAUCAAUACGAUCAGCAGCAGCAGCAGCAACAACACCAAUUCAACGAUAAUGUCGACCUGUCGGAAAAGUAAUCAAAGCAACCUGGGUGCGAUCGAUGCAACAAGCCUACUGUUGCUACAAUCGGAAGCGGUACACAUCGUUACAAACGUCAUGCUAUUCAAUCUUUCCUUCCUCAUUUAUCGGGCAACAAAAAAUGGCAAAAGAUAAAACAUGAAAAAAAACUAACGACAGAAAGAAACAAUUCAAUAAUUUGCCAAUGUAAAAACCUAACUACACAUUAAUAAUGGUAUCCUUAAUCUGUACACUGCAGCAGCGGCAAAUCAAGAAGGACGACGGGCAAACAUCCAAAGGGUUUCAGUUUAUGGCCGCGAUUCCGUUGUGUUUCCGACUGGAUGAUGAAGGGUGGGUGUUUUGUUGGCGAAACAGUAAAAAAAAAAAACUACACGAGAAAACGGAAAGAACAUUGAGCAAGAACUAAUGGUAGCGUAACGGUUUGCAAUCCGUACGCGAUCAAAGGCUGGGUAGCUUUUGCUCGAUGUCUUUCGUUUCGGACGACCAUGUCCAAUAUGAAGUAUUACCUAAUCUAAUAAUUAUACACUAGAUAAUGUACCGUUUAAGAAACCUGUACGCUAGAACGAUGAAUAAUGGGACGCAGCGGAUACGUACAUACAUAAAUGCCUAACGAGUGUUUGUUUGAUUGUUUUCGGCUACCUUAUGGAACGUAGCUUAUCUUAUGUUCAUUUAUUUUACCACAAACCACGGGAUGGGUUAACCAGUACAUCGAUUUGAUUAUGAGACGCGGGGUUUUGCAGAAGAAUGACUUAGAAAGACACUAAAACAAACAAACACACAACCAUUCAGAACCAUGUUAUCUCGUCGGCACUGUUCUUGUAAAAUAGAAUUAUACUGUAAAAAAUAAAUAUUAGUGCUCUGGAAACAAAAUUGAUAAAAACCGUCAAA